AUGUCUCGUGUUCCAAAAAAUUUUUUGUUCUAUUUAAAAAUUGCAGUAAAAUGGCCAUCAUUAGUGACUGACGAGUUAGAUCAAGCGCCGUUCAUAAAUCCAAAUCUAACUUACAACCUAGUUCCCAAAUACCCACGUUCAGCGAGAAGAAAGCGCUGCACGUGUGGUUGUUCCGGAUGUGAACUUUUCCCAAAUCGAGAGUGCUGUUACCCGAAUUGUUGUUCAAACGAACCAUUGCCGCUAGCAUGUUGUCCACCACCACCGCCACCAAAACCGUGUUGUGAGCCAGCAUUUGGUCCAUGUUGUCCAGUAGUACCUGUUUGUUGCCCACCUCCAUGUUGUGAAGGCCGUCGACCGUUUGAAGAGGAAGGAGAGCCGCCUCCUCCUUCUCUUCCUCUCUUGCCGCCCGCACCUCCUCCACCGCCCAGAACUUGUUGUCCACCAGCUGUUCCACCGCCGCCUCCACCACCUCCACCACCUCCACCUCCUCCUCCAGAGCCUCCAGUGCAAUGUUGCCCUAAUUCUCCAGAACGAAUUGAACAAGAAUACGAGUUGUGCCGUGUGGCCGACCGUGCUGCUUCUAUCCAAAUCCGCGAUGUUGUGGAGGACCAUUACCUUGCUGUCCUCCAAUACCUCCUCAACUACCGUGCUGCGCACCGCAACCAUCGGGCUUGUCCGACUUGUCCAUGUAGAAAACGAGUUGUUCUUGGCAAGAGAGCCAAAAGACACGAUGCUUUUUGUCAUCCAUGCUCUUCUGAUGACGAGGUAAUUGCUGAAAAUAAAAAUGGCAAAAUGAUUUCAACUUCUGGAGAUGAGGAGCCGUCUUCUGAUUACACCGGUUUUGCUCCAAAAGCCGGCCGACUUUACAAAAACGGUCGGGUUAAUAGGUGCCAAGCUUGCGUCAAUGGAAGGCCUUCAACUAAAAAUAGAGCGAAACGAGAUUUGAACUGUGUACAAUGUUUGUACCUACAACCAGGUUUUCAUCAGUUUAUCAAAAGGCAAUCAUCUGCACCAAUCCACCCUAGAGAAAAACGUGAAGUGCCAGGAAGUGAAAAAAUCAAAUGUGGAAAUAUCAUAAGCGAUGAUGACAAUUUGACCCGUUCAAAACGACAAGUUUCUUCUUCUGGAGGACUGUUUGACAUUGUGAAACUACUCGCUCAGCAGAGUGCGGCAGAUCCAGGUGCGGUGGCUGGAACACAAACGAAUUGUAUACCAUGUCCCGCUUGGGUAAGUCUAGCGCUGGCCAGCCGAAAAAAAAGAGCUACAAAUAGCUGGGAAGAAGAAGAUAAUUCCAAAACUUUUGACAACGAUGAUCAUUCAAGUGAAAAUUUGGAGCCAUACAUCAGAGAAACCAGAUUUAAACCCAAGCGAAAUCACAGAGAUCAACAGUGCGUUCAAACCGAUGAGUGUUUAAAUGACGAAGAAUACGAAGAGUUUGUGAAAACCUCUCGCAUCAAACGGCAGGACUGUGCUAUAUGUACAACAAAUCCCACGAGGAAAGCGGCUAAAGCUAGACACAAACGAAACCUCGACGAAGUGGUAAGGAUCCGUUUCUUAAUACCACUUUUUCUACUAAUUACUGUUCAACAAGAACCUGUGAACAACUACCAGCACCAAUAA